AAUGAUAAUCCAAUUCCCCUCUCUCUCACUCCCAAAUCAAACAUCCUAUGUGAAUUUGAUCACUGAUUCCAAUUCCAUGAGUGAAGAAGCGAAGAUCGACGACGCCGUCUCCGACUGGGAGGAUGGCCUCCCCUCCGCCGACGACCUCACCCCCUUAUCCCAGUGCCUGAUCCCCCUCGAAUUGGCCUCCGCCUUCCGCAUCUCGCCGGACCCGCCCCGCACCGCCGUCGACGUCACCCGCGCCUCCCGCACCACGCUCUCCUCCCUCCGCGUCUCCUCCUCCUCCUCCGCCGCCGCCGUCAAUUUCAAGCCCUUCGGCGACGAUCACGCCGCCGCUGACGACGCCGCCGACGAGGGCUCCGACCCGAAGAAGACCCGCCGCGCCGAAUCCCCCGACGACCCCAUGGUCGACAACUGCACCGACGACCAGUCGACGGCCACGGCGAAGGCUCUGAAGCGGCCGCGCCUCGUGUGGACCCCGCAGCUGCACAAGCGGUUCGUGGACGUGGUGGCUCACCUAGGGCUGAAGAACGCCGUGCCGAAGACGAUUAUGCAGCUGAUGAAUGUCGAGGGUUUGACUCGGGAGAACGUCGCCAGCCAUCUCCAGAAGUAUAGGCUGUAUGUGAAGAGGAUGCAGGGGCUGUCCAACGAGGGGCCGUCCCCGUCCGAUCACCUCUUUGCCUCGACUCCGCUGCCCACGCAGAGCUUCAACGAGUCGUCCAGCGCCGGCCCCAGCCACGGGAAUGGAAUUGCAAACGGAAGCCAUAGCAGUGUUGGUAAUAAUGGAAGUAGUGCUAAUAACCAUAUGGGGAUGUCAAUUCCGAUGCCAUACCCUCCGCCGCCUCAGAUUGUGCCGAUGCAGAUGAUGGGAAUGGCACAUGGACACGGCUACCAUGGAUACGAAGCUGUGCAUUCGCAUCAUAGUCAUCACUAUCAGCAGCAGCAGUAUGGUAGUAUGAUGCAACAGCAGAGGGAUUGGUCUGGCAAUAAGUAUAAUGGCUAUCCGCAACACCAUACGACUCAAAAUAAUAGCAAGUGUUAGGCAGAGCGGUGUUGGAAGUCGGAAUAAAGGGUCUGGUGGAUUCAUUGCCUUGGGAAUGUGGCAUGUGAAGUGAACCUCAGCUAUGACUAAUGUUUUGCCAAAUGCAUUCUUUUUAUCCAGUGAAACAGAGAUUUCUCAAUCUGUUAAAUGAAUUUUUUGAAUUGUAUAUUGUAUACUUGCUUUCAGCGGAUGUCUUAUUGCUUAUUAAGUACUACUCUAUAUACCUUGGUUCUUUAAAGACCCAAAUCAAGAUUUAUGGAGAAGUGCUGUAUACUCUGUAUAUCCCUAUUUCUUCUUAUUUUACACAGUACAAGGCAUGACUAGGAUAUAUGAAAUUAUUGAUCUAUAAUGUUAAUUUGGAUUCUGUACAUGGAAUAUUUAUGUUUUCAGUUAACUGGCUCUUAGUUCAACUAUAGUCUGGAAGUCCAUGAUGCCCUCAUAGUGUAACAGAGCUCGAAGAUAUAGACCUUUUAUCUGCCAAAUAUAGUCGCUCUUGUUACUUUUUGGAGCAUACUCUUGGAUAGCUUUUCUUUGUGGAAGAUUUGUUGUGAAUUACUCCUUUCAGCUUUGUAGCCAUCUCCUCUGCAGUUGAAAUUGUACCUGACUUAAAAAUCUCAGAUCAUCUUUCAUCCAUCUUUUCUUGAUGUUAUGUUUCUCGUUUCCUGAUUCCUCUACUUUUCUUAAGAAAUGUAAGAUAUUCCACCAUCAUUUUAUGUAGCCUUGGUCCUCCUAUGAAGGCUUGCCUACUUUUAGCUAAUUUUAUAGCAAUAUAGAACUUAUUGUGGUAGUGUUUGAUACUGUUCCAUCUUAUUAUCCUCUUAUCCCCCUUUAAAUUUUUGGGGAAUAUUAAAUGAAGAGUAGGCAUCUUCCCUCAUCCAAUUAGAUAUGCACAUGUCAUUGAAUAUAAACACGUGUUCUGGCA